CCAAGCCUCUCACCCGCCACCCAGGUGCCCCUGAACCGAGGAACGCAGGCGGUGGUCGUAGGGAGGGGAAGGGAAGCCCCAGGAGACGGCAGCAGCAUGGGCGGGCGACCCUCGAGCCCUCUGGACAAGCAGCAGCAGCAGCACCUAAGGGGUCAGGUGGACAUCCUGAUGAGGAACUUCCUGCCCUGCUACCGCGGGCAGCUGGCAGCGUCUAUCCUGCGGCAGAUUUCCCGAGAGCUGGGCCCUCAGGAGCCGGCUGGAAGCCAAUUGCUACGCAGCAAAAAGCUGCCCCGAGUCCGUGAGCACCGAGGACCCCUGACCCAGCUUCGGGGCCACCCACCCCGGUGGCAGCCGAUCUUCUGCGUUCUGCGUGGGGACGGCCGCCUGGAGUGGUUCAGCCACAAGGAGGAAUAUGAAAAUGGGGGUCACCCCCUUGGCUCCACAGCCCUGACGGGAUACACACUCCUGACUUCCCAGCGAGAAUAUCUCCGCCUUUUAGACGCUCUCUGCCCGGACUCCUUGGCAGCAGCCCCCACCCUGGGUGCGACAACCACCAAUGUCUCCAGCAUUGCCAAGUGUCUCCUGGGGGUCAGCAUUGCCUCGGGAGACCAUACUCAGGAAGAGCCUGACUCCCUCUUGGAAGUGCCUGUGAGCUUCCCGCUAUUCCUACAGCACCACUUCCGCCGGCACCUCUGCUUCUCUGCGGCCACCAGGGAGGCACAGCAUGCCUGGAGGCUGGCCCUGCAGGGUGGCAUCCGGCUUCGGGGCACAGUCCUGCAGCGAAGCCAGGCCCCUGCUGCCCGGGCCUUCCUGGACGCCGUCCGACUCUACCGGCAGCACCAAGGCCACUUUGGCGACGACGACGUGACCCUAGGCUCAGACGCCGAGGUGCUGACCGCGGUGCUGAUGCGGGAGCAACUUCCCGCGCUGCGAGCCGAGACCCUUCCUGGCCUGCGGGGGUCAGGCCGCGCCCGUGCCUGGGCCUGGACCGAGGUUUGCCCUGUGUCCGGACCCGGGACAGGGGGCGGGAUCCGGGCGCUCGGGUUCCCCUCCCACGACUGUCGCCUAAACUCUCUCCUGGUCUCUCUGACCCCCAUCCCCGCCCCGUGUCUCGGCUCUGUCCCGCACUCCUAUCCUGCGUGGGGACCCCUCGACCGGUCUGGGCAGCUUCUAGACGCCGUUCACGCAGCUGUCCUGGCCGGGGCCUCCGCCGGGCUCCGCGCCUUCCAGCCGGAAAAGGACGAGCUGCUUGCAUCCCUGGAGAAGACGAUCCGCCCAGACGUGGACCAGCUACUGAGGCAGCGGGCGCGUGUGGCGGGACGACUGCGGACGGAUAUCAGGGGACCGCUCGAGUCGUGCCUGCGCCGGGAGGUGGACCCGCAGCUGCCCCGGGUCGUGCAGACCCUGCUGCGCACCGUGGAAGCGUCGCUCGAGGCGGUGCGGACCCUCCUGGUUCAAGGCAUGGACCGACUGUCCCGCCGCCUGCGCCAGAGCCCCUCGGGCACGCGGCUGCGCAGGGAGGUUUACUCAUUUGGAGAGAUGCCAUGGGACUUGGCACUGAUGCAGACAUGCUACCGUGAGGCCGAACGGAGCCACGGGCGCUUGGGGCAGCUGGCAGCACCGUUUGGCUUUCUGGGGAUGCAGAGCCUCGUGUUUGGGGCCCAAGAUCUUGCACAGCAGCUCAUAGCUGACGCUGUGGCCACCUUCCUGCAGCUGGCUGACCAGUGUCUGACCAUGGCCCUCAACUGUGACCAGGCUGCCCAGAGGCUGGAGAGAGUCAGGGGGCGCGUGCUGAAGAAAUUCGAAUCGGACAGCGGGCUGGCGCAGAGGAGGUUCAUCCGAGGCUGGGGUCUCUGCAUCUUUUUACCUUUUGUGCUGAGCCAGCUCGAGCCAAGCUGCAAAAAGGAGCUUCCUGAGUUCGAGGGGGAUGUCCUUGCCGUGGGCAGCCAGGCUCUGACCACUGAGGGCAUCUAUGAGGACGUCAUCCGGGGGUGCUUGCUGCAGAGGAUUGACCGAGAACUGAAAAAGACCCUUGGUGCCAAUGAUGUAUCCUGCACUCUGGACGGCUGCUUGGAGGUCCCAUGGGAACAGGAGGGAGCAGAUGAGGAAACUGAGGCUGAGCGGGAAGGAGGGACUUGUCCCAGGCAGCCAGGCUCUGGUGCCCAGAUCCAGCCACUCUGCCCACUGCCUUCUCAAGGAACAUUCCAGAGCUGAAUCUUCACCCACACCUAUCUUGUUUCUAUUGGAUAAAUGUCUACAAGUGGAAUUUCUGGGCCAAAACAGAUGAGCCAUCUUUAGGCUUUUG